CCGGAAGGCUCCGUUCGCGAAGCGGGAAAUGUUGGCCAAAAGAGGAGGCGGGGGACGCGGCGAGGGCGAGCGUGCUGGGCCGAAUCUUUAUCAACUUGCAAUCACCAAGCUAAAGCAAUCCACUAAUACUUGGACUAAUACUUUGUGGAAUUCAAAGGCGCUGCACAGACAACAGAUAAUCCUGUUUGCCCUCCCAGCUGUAAGCAGUGCAGGAAAGAUUGAAUAAACUUCAAGAGAAUCAGAUACUUGUCCCAUUGAUGCAAGGAGAAGUUAAUCUUACGCUGCUUUCAUUUGCUUCAGUGUCUGGAUUUGAAGUAUAUUUUCUAUAAAAAAAAACCUGACAUUUUCCAAAGAGAACGGAGUGUGGAAUUGGAUUUAGAAAUAUGCCCUUUUAUGACCUAUCAGUGUGGAGGCAAUAUCUAUUUUCCUUCAGGACACAGAGCACAAAUACAGAAGAUGAAAAUGAAGACACCACAGCUCAGCUGUUUUUCAAGCCCAUGGGAUCCGAGCGGAUGGAGAUGCGCAAAAGGCAAGCAUCUGUGACCCAGGAGACAGCGAGCUCUGUACAGCCACAGCCAGGGAUUGAAAACCGUGGGUCCAACGCCUGCUGCUUCUGUUGGUGCUGUUGUUGCAGCUGCUCCUGUCUUACUGUUAGGAAUCAAGAUGAAAGAGCAGCAUCACAUGAACUCAGAACAGACGCUAUUCCAAACUGUGAAGAAAGCUCAACUCCAACUCUUGAAGAAGUGAGUGCCUGGAGCCAGUCCUUUGACAAAUUGAUGAGAACGCCAGCAGGUAGAAAUGCUUUCAGGGAGUUCCUUCGGACAGAAUUCAGCGAAGAAAAUAUGCUUUUCUGGUUGGCCUGCGAAGAUCUAAAGCAGGAAUCCAACAAGGCUAUCAUUCAAGAGAAAGCAAGACUAAUAUAUGAAGAUUAUAUUUCCAUUCUUUCUCCCAAAGAGGUCAGCCUGGAUUCCAGAGUAAGGGAACUUAUCAACCGGAAUAUGCUGGAACCAUCGGAACAUAGUUUUGAUGAAGCACAACUCCAGAUUUAUAUGUUAAUGCUCAGAGACUCUUACCCUCGGUUUAUGAACUCUGCCAUAUAUAGGGACUUAGUUGAGUCUCUCUCUCAAAAAUCUGCUGAAUCGUAGAGUUUUAAUAUAUUUCACACCCAGUCAUCUAAAUAAACAAGGGAAACUUGGGGCUACCAUACUGUCCGUCAACAUGAAAAUUAGAAUUAUUGAGUUUAUUACCCAAAAAUAACUCAAGACAUAUUGCGUAUAUUAAUACAAUGUCAAAAAAGUGUUCUAAGAUGGAAGGUUUCCAGAACCCCAAGCUAUUUGCAGUUUUGGAUAAGUUACAGUAAGAUAAUGGGAUAUGGAGAUAUAUAUAAAAGUCUUCAAAAAGGAGCAGCAUAUGUAAGAUACAAAAGAAGAAAACCUAUUGGAAAAAGCUUUAAAAAAUUCUUACAACUAAUUAGGAAUAAAAUAAUAAAUUUAAUUAGGAAGUGGAGGAAGAGUAGUUGUUGCGCCUUUCCCCAAGAAUCAUAUCAAAGUGCUGCACCACUGGGAUCAGGGAAAUUGGUGUGUAGGUUCACCUUAAUGCUAUUCUGUCUCUGAACACUUUGCAGAGAUGAAAGCUGUGCACUCAAGGGAUCAUAAAGUACAUGGUCUAAUACUGAAAUAACCAUGAGAUAAGUACUGCAUGUUCAAAUAAGCUUUUGGAAGUGUGUUUCUUCAAUGGUCAUAUUCCCCAUCGCUCUCACCCUCUCUUCACUGUCAUGGAGUUCAGCCUUAGAACACAUUCCUGGAAUUCAGGCAUAAAGAGAACACUCCUCUUCCAUUAACAUCAUUUGGAAUUUUGCCUCCAAUUUCAAUGGGAGCCGAAUGUCAACCUUUCUUGGACAUAAGCAGCAUGUUUGAGGUCAAUAAGCCAAAUAGAAGUACAAACAUUUAACAUAUAAAGGACUGAAAAGCACUGGUCAGAAUGCUAUCACCUAUAAAGUGUUAUUUUACUAUUAGUAUCUAUGGAAUGAAUUUUAGAAGUUGCAUUGUUAAUGUUUCUGGAAAAAUUAAAGAAUUUAUUUAGAAGAGGAAAAGGAGUUGGGCAUUUACUACUUUAAAUAAAGCACAAAAUGCAUGUCA